AUGUCGGUGCUGAAUGAUCCAGAUUAUCUUAUUCACCAACUACGUAUAGGUUAUCUUCGUCGUGUAGGAGAUCGAAUCGGAGAACGCGUAAUUAGUUUCAAUCCAAGUGUUCUUACAAAUGACUACAUUAAAACUGCUGCAUCUUCAUAUCCGGAGAUGAUAACUUGUCAUUCACCCAGCAUUUCCAUGCCAGGAAACGAUUAUUUUAGCAGUAGAAGCGUAAUAAGUAGUGCUGCUGGUUCACCCAUAUCGACGACCAACGGGAGGUUAAAAACUUUAACUUCUUCAAAUGGAAGCAGAGACGCAAUGUCAACCAAUGGUGAUAGAGAAAAAUCAAGUAUAAAUAAUACAGAAAAUGGCGACAGUGACUAUGAUAUCGAACUCGAUGGUGAUGAAAAUUCAAAACGGCCUAAGUUCGCCAAACUUCGUUUACCGAAGCAAGCAGAACCUCCACCGCCUGUAUUUGUGAUAUCUCCAUCAAAACCACCCACUCGUCGAAGUCAGAAUCCAGUUCAUUAUUAUUCACCUGAAGAUGCACUGAAAGCUUCUUCUCCAGACAUUAUACUUGAAAUAUCAUCAAAUGAACAAACGCCACAACUAUCGCCAACUACUUCAGCAGAAAGUUAUAGAGCAUUAAAUGAGAGAAGAGAUUCAGAGACGUCUUUGCUGACAGCUGAUUUGACAGAAAUACCGCCGAGUCCGCCAUCAAAACCAGCGGUACCACCAUUAGAAGAGAAGGAACUUUUUCCUGAUCCACCAAAGGCUGGUCCAAAACCCAAGCCUUUUUCAGCGUUAACAGCAUUAAUUGCAGAAAAAAAGAAUAAAUUGGACAAUCCAUUUGCUGAAUACUACAGCUUCUUUGCUGGAAAAGGGGAUCUCAACCCGAUAACACUGAAGAUUUACCUUCCGUUUAGCAGUGAACCUACACGUCCAUUAGUUAUAAUUGUAAAAAGGGAAGCCAGUGUUGAAGAAGUUAUAGGAUAUACGUUAUAUCAAUACUGGGAUGAGAAGAGGGAACCUUUAUUAGAGAAAAGGUUAUGUGAUGUUUAUCAUUGGAAUAUGAGAAUGGUGGAAGAUGAUGGUGAAAUUGAUGAAGAUUUUCCUGCUCUGGACAGAACGCAAAAAAUAGUAAAAUUCUCGUUUGACCAAUUUGCUUUAUGCAAAGCGACUCCAGCUCAAGUCAAACAAAAUGAGAAUAAAUCGAGAGGAUCUAUCCAGGAUGUUUCUAAUCUCAAACCGAAAGGGCCCCCCGACCCACCGUCUGAAAAUAACAGCAUUAAUAACCAAAUAUUUUUGCGUGUUCGACUUACCCUUGAUCCACGUGAAGAGGUUGCGCACACAACCACGGUAAAUGUUCAGGCUGAUAUGCCCUUUCGGAAUGUUUUAGAAACGCUUUGCCAUAAACGCAAAUUGGAUAGCAACAAAUACACUUUAAAAAUUGCGGAUACAGAUAAAUAUAUAAGUAUGGAAAAGACCGUUGAAAGCGUUGGAAAUGCUAAAGAGCUUGCAUUGGUAGAGAAACCCACUAAUGGAAUACCCCCUCCUCCUGACGUAACGCCACCAAGCCCAACGGCGACUAAAGAUAGUAAAUGCCUUGUCAGAAGAAGAACACUUAAUGAACCUCCUCAGCCGCUAUAUUUCUCCUCCAAUGAAUUUAUGUCAGUGUACAAGAAAUACACAGUCAAUCGUAAAAUACCAAUGUUUGUUGGACGUCACGAACGUGUAUUAGCGAUUGAUGGAGAUUAUAUUCAUAUAAUGCCAUCGGAAACAAGAACGAUGUUUGAAUCAGUCAAAACGUCAUCAUAUCAUAUCACAUCAGUAAUGUCUUGUAAAGUAAAUAAAAAGGCUCCAUCAAACUUCAAAUUGGUGAUAUAUCGGGAUUCCGGAACGAAGACAUAUGACUUUGAAGCAGAGUCAACGAAGUUGGCUAGUAAGUGA